AUGCUGCUGAUCUUCAUCAUCUCGUGUACUGAGCGAGGGCUGCAGAGCUGCAGCACCGGCAGGACUAGGCGCUCGGUCCCGCCGCCUCACUCGCCCGUCGCGUGGCGUCGGAAAGAGCGCUCAGCCCCUCCCUCUCUGGCGCUGAUACCCAAUGGGCAGCCGCAGGCCUUUAGCGGGGGCGGGGCACCCCUGGACGCCGUUCUGGUUGGCCCGUGGCCCGGCGCAGCGCAUGACGUUAUUAUGACUCUAUCACGUCGCGCUGCGACUGAGGCGUGGCGUCUGCUGGGGCACCUGAAGGAGACUUUGGGACACCCGCGUCGUGCCUCUUGGGCUGUGAGGAGUCGCCGCUGCCGCCAGUGCCUGUGCUUCAUGAGGAAGAUGCUCGCCGCCGUCUCCCGCGUGUUGUCUGGCGCUUCUCAGAAGCCGCAGAAGCGACGCGGACCGGGAUCCCGCCAAGGUCCUUGUGGACUUCCCCCUUCUCGACACCCCGCUCCCGCCGCCGGGCCCAGCUGUGCGCCGGGCGAAGUCAGUGUGCUCAAGAGGCACAGUGAGGUCGUGUUAAUUGGUGUAACUGCAGGCCUCGGGAUUCUGGUCAUUCCCCCAGGACUUGAUACAGCUCUGAGUACAGGCAGAGAUUGUCAAAAGGUAAGAGGUCUGCCCCUCUAGGAAUCCUGUUGCCUAAAAUAAUGACAGAACUGCCGGGUGCGGUGGCUCAAGCCUGUAAUCCCAGCACUUUGGGAGGCUGAGGCGGGUGGAUCACCUGAGGGCAGAAGUUCGAGAUCAG